AUGUUCUUCGGCAGCUCUCAGAAAGUAAAGAAUCUGCACCCAGUGACAGAGGAAUUCGAAUCCAGCGAAUAUUUCGGACCGCUUGAACCCGAAGACACGGAAUGGGCGACGAUUAAUUCUAAUUUCGUUGCAGAGACGCAGACGUUCUACUCGGUGCUGGAGGAUGGGCAGUGCUUGAGCGUGCAAGUAGUGCACUCACAUGUUGGUUUCUGGUACCCACAAAUCCAAUUUAAUUUCAUGCUCUAUACGCCGUCCACUGGCCAGAAAUUGUGGAAAUCUAUCAGCGCAAACAACUUUAGCAGCCCUCCUUCGUUCUCCACCAACAAAUACGAUCGUCGUAGCUGCUCUGCUGACCAGUUCUCCAUCCUCCACGAACAACUCCCAAAUCAAGAUGAGUGCUACAGAAUAAACGCUAAAAUUGAUAAUGAAGUGCAAAUUGUUAUCAAUUUCAUCCGCCCAGCCUCUUGUUCCGGCUUCAAACUCGGAAACGGUCCAAACGGCGGUUUCACAUCCCUCGGUAACGACAAAUCGAGCAACAAGAGGGACGGCUACGUUGUGCACAGAUUUUGGCCAAGAGUUCGCACUGAAGGUCAGGUCAUCGUCAGAGGCAAGCUCGUCGACGCAAUUGGUCACGGUACUUUCAUACACGCCAUCCAAGGUAUGAGAGCUAAUCUUAUCGCGCGCGCUUGGAACUUUGCUCUCUUCCAAUCCAAUCAACAUGGCGGUGUGGCAUCAAUUCUCAUGGAGUUCGAGAGCACUGAAGGCUACGGCGCUGCAACCAGAACUGAAGGCGGUGGUGGUGUCAAAGUUACCAUAGGCGCUCUCGUCGCUGGUGAUAAGCUCCUCUCCGUCACGGGAUCUACCACCUACCCCGGCCAAAUGCCUCAGGGUUUAACCGCCGCCGAGCAUCGCAACACGCUCAAGGAUCCUGAAACCUCGUACAUUGUGCCUUCGGAGGUUAGAUAUGUCUGGGGUGGUACAGCUAUCGAGAACAAGAAAGCCAUCCGCGGUGAGAUGCUUGUGAAUUACAAGGAGAAGAAUGAUGUGUCUAGGGGUUUAAUUGAGAAGGUAGACUUCCUCGCUCAUAUUCCAUACGUCGUUAGAAAGGCUGUGCACGUCUUUGCAAAGACGAAACCGUACAUUUAUCAGUACCUCAAUCCAACAGAAUUGCAAUUGGACCUCCCCGAAGGAGUCGCCGAAUCUACCAAGCUCACUGUUCAAGGCACUGCUUUCACUGAACAGUCAUUCAUAUCGCCUUAA